AUGUCUACAAACCAGAAUCGCAAGGGUCCCAGCGUCGGCACCAAGGUUGACUUGGGUCGGAAUGCGCCCGUGACUGAGGAAGGCGCCGGCUACGUCGCGCCUGAGUCGUUGGCUGCCGAGUCGUUCAAGGGAGGCGGAGAGUUCAGCGAAAACCGGCACGGCCAGCCCGACAGCACAUCUUCUGGCACCACCCGCUCCGGCGCGAGGUCGGGACCACCUGAGACCGCCCUCGCCGGCGAGAACGGAGGCACGGCGCCCAGCUACGUCUCCAGCCAAUAUAUUGGAGAUUCCGGCGGGCCGCACGGGAAGAAUCUAAAAUCCGGCGGCUUUGCUGACUCCAAGACCAAGGAUGGCCUCAAGAUGGCUCUCGAGUCAGAGCCCGGCUCCAAAAAUGAUCCUAGCAGAUUGGCAGAGGAACGAUUUGAGCUGCACGACGCGGCGGGCCCCGGUGUUUCUGGGCGGAGGGACACGGAACUUUCGACGUCAACAAAGUACGACGGCCUUGACCGAGAGACGUCCUCAUAG